AUGGCUUCCUCUCCUUUGAGAUCAAAGUCCCACUACCAUGUCCGCUCUAUCAGUUUGACGUCCAGAUCUCAUCCACUCAUCCCUCAGUUCAAUGAACAUUUAUGCAGAUUAAGGUCUUCUGAAGGUACAUCAAUAAGCAACAGGGUAAGUGGCCUCGAAGAUCUGUAUGAUUGUGUUGAAGACUUGCUUCUAUUGCCACAUACUCAACAAGCCUUGGCCCAAGAAAGCCAUAAGAAAGUGGUGGAUGCAGCCUUGGAUGGAUAUCUCAAGCUCCUGGAUGCUUGUGGGGCCGUUAAAGAUAUCUUCUCACAGACAAAGGAAGACGUCCAGCAACUUCUUUCAUCCCUGCGUAGAAAGAGGGAUGCAGGAAAUUUUGGAGGAUUCCUGGCCUCCAGAAAGAAGGUCCAGAAGCUCAUCAAGAAGUUACUGAAGGAUUUGAAGGGCACUGGAGAGCAAGGCAUGCUUCCAGACUUCAUGGACAAAGACCAAGAAUAUGUUGCCAUUGCUAGCAUGCUAAAAGCUGCUGAAGCAGUCGCUCUAUCACUGUUGGGCUCCUUCCUGUUGCAUGCCGCUGGAACAAAGCUGCAAUCGAGGCCAAAUAGAUGGUCUUUGAUGUGCAAACUGAUCCACCACAAGAGUAAUGUGGCAUCUCAAGCCAACCAAAUGACCUUCACUGAGUUUCAGGAGAUUGAUGCUGCAGUGCAAUCCUUUAUGCUUUCAGGCAAAUAUGAUGACAAAAAGACCAUAGAGACAGUGCAAAACCAGAUGGGAAAGUUGGAGUUGAGCAUUCAAGGUCUUGAAGAAGAUGUAGAGCGCUUGAUCAGGCGAUUAAUAAAAACCAGAGUUUCCCUACUCAACAUUAUGAACCACUAGACAAGAGAGUCAUGAUGACGCAGCUCGGGCAUUCAAAGCCUAGGAAGAAGCCAAGCCUUUGUCAGAUAUGCUCAUACUAGAUCAAAGCUAAAGACAAAUGUAUAUAGUCUGUAAUUAUCCCUGCAAUUACAAAUCAAACUAUAUUAUUUGAGACAGAGAGUAAAUUCUCAAUAGAGAGAAAAAGGAAAAGUUAUA